CGACAAGGAAGAAGAUGGCGGCGCUCAUCAGGCAUGGUUUACUCGUGAAUCCUUUAAAAAGUUUAUCUACUAUUCUUUCCGUAAACACGACGAGUCUGCGGUACGAUAUAACACGUUUUAAGAGCAAGAAACGGGUUAAACAGGUUCCACAGAAAGCUAAAUUGUUCGAAAAUGAAACCAGGUCUCUCGCUGCCAAAGGAUUCCUGAGAUAUCGGAACGAAUACAAUCCGCCAAAAGAUGUAUUCGACAGGAUAAACAAAAUUUGCGAAACACAACAAGUUUCAACAACAGAUGAAACAAAACUGGAAGAUUCGUUGCAGCGUUUCAAUCUUUUCGUAGCAUGCGAACAAGAAUUUAAACAUCCGCUGAUGAAUUCUAUGCUAUAUUCUAUCGAAACGAUUGGUGAUUUAAAAGAAUAUUAUCAAACACCAGUCGGUAAUCAAACCCCGUUGGAUCUCAUGCGCAACAUGGAUUUACCAGAGAACUUACAUAUUAAUUAUGAGUAUGUUCGAUUCCAUCCUGAUACGGAUACACUAUUUAACGGGAAAACAGCAUUUCCGAAGAGCUCUACUAUCGUAACUGGUUUGAAAUAUAAGAAAAAGUACCCUGGACAUUACCAAGAACAUCCUUUCCUGGAACACAUGACUAAGGUUUAA